GUGGGACUAUAUAAAAGGCGCGUCGCGGUUACCUGAGUAAUUGUUGGAGCGAGUGGGUCCUGCUCAGGUUUCCUGGGCGGAUUUUCGUCAGCGAGCUUGCCUCAUUUGGGCUCUUUUCGGCGAAGGUAUCGCCGAUUUUUGCUGAAUUCCGAAGACUGAUAUUACUGAGGGUAGCUCGUGACAGGGACGAUUCUGCUUGCCGAAUUUGGAAGUUUAUGAACAAUCAACAUGAAUAAAAGAAAAUAUAAAAGCAAUAGCCUCUCUCUGGGUGAAUGUAUUGCCAAGGCUCACAUGAUAUUGAGAGCACGGUUCUGCCACCACUUUCCUGGGAAACCAUUUGGACUAGAAGCUCAGUAUAAAAAUUUGAUGGAUCUUUUAAAACAAACAGCUGUUCAGGGGGAGAGCAACUCUGUCCUCAUUGUUGGUCCCCGAGGAGUAGGAAAGACAAUGCUGUUGAAGAGUGUGUUGAGUGAACUUAUGGAAAUGAAAUACAUUGAGGAGAAUCUUCUACAAGUACACUUAAAUGGUUUAUUGCAAACAGAUGACAAGAUUGCACUGAAAGAAAUCACACGACAGCUCCAGCUUGAGAAUGUUGUUGAAGAUAAAGUUUUUGGGAGUUUUGCCGAAAAUCUUGCUUUUCUUCUUGAAGCUUUGAAAAAAGGAAACCGAAGCAACAGCAGGCCAGUGCUUUUUAUCUUGGAUGAAUUUGACCUCUUUGCACAUCACAAGAAUCAAACCUUACUUUAUAACCUCCUUGAUGUUGCUCAGUCUGCCCAGACACCUGUAGCUGUAGUAGGCCUGACUUGUCGAUUGGAUGUUUUAGAACUUCUAGAAAAGCGUGUGAAGUCCAGAUUUUCGCACAGGCAGAUUCAUUUGCUAAACACAUUCGGCUUCCAACAAUAUGUGGAGAUGUUCCAGCAGCAACUUGCCUUGCCAAAAGAAUUUCCUGAUGAGAGAUUUGCACAGGAAUGGAAUCGAAAUAUCCAGUCUCUGUGCAAAGAAAAGAUGGUGGAAGAUAUUUUACAGAAGCACUUCAAUUCCAGUAAAGAUUUCCGCUCUCUGCAUAUGGUACUGAUGCUCACACUUAGUCAUGUGACUGUCUCCAACCCAAAUAUUCAGCCAACAGACCUUCUAGCAGCCAGCAAACAGUACAUGAUGGAUUCUAAAGCAAAUUUACUGCAUGGUCUGUCUGUGCUGGAAUUCUGCCUGAUUAUUGCCAUGAAACACUUAAAUUCAAUAUAUGAAGGAGAGCCUUUUAACUUUGAAAUGGUUUACAAUGAAUUCCAGAAUUUCAUUCAAAGGACGAGUCACUCAAUGCAUAAAUUCAAAAAACCGGUAGUUUUGAAGGCAUUUGAGCAUCUGCAACAACUGGAAUUAGUUAAGCCAAUGGAUGGAGCAUCUGUCCGAAUACAGAAAGAAUAUCAACUGGUGAAACUGCUGCUGGACAGCAGUCAGAUAAUGGAUGCACUUCAAAAAUAUCCACAGUGCCCUACAGAUGUCCAUCUUUGGGCAGCAUCAUCUCUAGAGUAAACCACUUAAAGCCAGAACUCAUUAAUGAACUGAGAGAAUUUGCUAUUUUGGAGAAAAGUGUCAUUUUUCUACAUCAACUAGUUGAAAACUGCAUGGAAAAUUUAUGUUGCUGGAAAGCAGGAAAUUCAAAUGAAACCCAGAGUUUGAGCUCUGAGAUGCAACAUUUCCUUGUUUCAAAACUCACCUUUCCAAAGUUCUGGGGAUGUGGAUUUCAAUACCACCAUGUCAGGAUUUUUUUUUUUGUUAGAGUUCCGUAAAAUCUGUAACUACGUAACUAUUUUUUAAAAAAUCAAUUGUCUCUAAAGGAUAUUAGUGAAUCAAUCUGCCAUUCUAACCUGGUCUGGCUUACUUAUGACUUCUGACCCACAGCAAUGUGGUUGACUCUUAACUGUAAUUAAGGAUGGCCAAUCAUUGCUGGAAUAGCAUUUCUAGCCAUAGCCAGAAAUCUAUUUUGAAGUUUUUCAGGAGGAAUAAUAGUUCAUCUUUUGCCACUAACAUGACAUGCAAGUAUCACAAGAAUGGAUUGUUAACAUUGUUAGUUUUAAAUAAUUAGAAAUGAGUUUGUCUUUCACUUUUUCAUUAAAAACAAAAGCUUAAAAUUUAUAGUAAUAGUAAAGCCAACAAUCUAAUUUUGCUAUGUUCACUCUCGAGAGAACAACUUGACAGUUGUAUUUAAAGAUAUUAUGAACUUUUUAAGAUGGCGAGUUUGUUUGUUUUUUGUAAGGGGCAGUACCUUUUUGGAAAAUUAUCUUCAGUCGACAAAGUUUCUGAUAGUAACUGCCAUUUUGUUUAAAUUAAUGCUGCUGUUUGAUUACAUUUUUGUGCUUUGAAGAAGUGCUUUGAUUACAUUGAAUGUGCUUUGAUUACAUUGAAGAGGUUCCAGGAA